GCGGGAGUCUUUCUUUCGUUCGGAAGCUGCAGCGGAGCGGGUUAGGACGGGACCGGUUCAGCACGCUUUAGCACGCUUUAGCACUCGAAUCCGACACGAUGGCAUGCCCCAAGGUCUUCUUCGACAUGGCUGUUGACGGCCAGGUCAUCGGCAGAGUCAUCAUGGAGCUCCGGGCUGAUGUUGUCCCGAAGACUGCAGAAAAUUUCCGUGCGCUGUGCACCGGGGAGAAGGGUUUUGGGUACAAGGGCUCCUGCUUCCACAGAGUGAUUCCUGAGUUCAUGUGCCAGGGCGGCGAUUUCACCAACCACAACGGGACCGGUGGCAGGUCCAUCUACGGGGAGAAGUUCCAGGAUGAGAACUUCAGCCUGAAGCACACCGGCCCUGGGAUCCUGUCCAUGGCCAACGCGGGCCCCAACACCAACGGCUCGCAGUUCUUCAUCUGCACUGCCAAGACUGCCUGGUUGGAUGGGAAGCAUGUUGUGUUCGGGAAGGUCGUGGAGGGGAUGGACAUCAUCAGGAAGGUGGAAGGCUACGGCUCCUCCAGCGGUAAGACCUCUCGCAAGGUCACCGUGUUGGACUGCGGCCAGCUCUGAGACCCCUCCCCCCGGCGGGACCACCCUGAUUCCACCACCGCCAGACCGUGGCCCUCACUGCAUCGGCCUUUCAUUUCUAUAUACAGAGCGGUUCUCCCCCUCCUCAGUCUUCAGAUUCUCUUUUUUUUUUUUUAUUUUCCGGUCUGUCAGUAAGGUUGGAACUUGCUGUGUUCUAUCAGGAGUCGUCUUAUUUUUUAGUUUCAUUUUUGUUUUUUUUUCAUGACGUCGACUGGCUUCUUGGGGUCGGACUCCAGAUUGUGUGUUUAAAUAAAGAUCAGAUGACAAAGUAAA